AUGUCACCACCAACAGCGAAGGUGGAGAGUCAGAAGACUGGCCCCAAAAGGUCUACCUAUAUAUCCUGCGCGCUUCUUUUUGGCGUUGCUGGUCCCAUUCAGCCAGCCAUGAAGUACUGGGCGUCCACAGCAAGAUCAGCUCUCGCAUGGCUCUUCAUGAACAAGGACUGCCAAAGGAAGGACAUGCUAUCGAGGCCUUCUUUAAAGAUGGGCAAGGAUCAGGUCAAGAUUGCCCUUGACUUGCUGGUCGAAGCCGUCAAGACCAAGAAGGUCGAUCCGUCUCGUGUCGUGUGUAUCUCGCCAUACGCCGCCAACGUCGGGCUCAUCGAGAAGAAGAGAAGGGGUUGCCAGUAUGAGGCUCUACAGGCAAUGCAACCAACAUCAACCGUGGAUUCCUUUCAGGGCCAAGAGAAUGAUAUCGUCUUUGUCAUUAUGGGCACAACCCAUCCGAGGCCCGGACCUGACUUUACCUGUAACCCCAAGCGGCUCAAUGUCAUGCUGUCCCGCCAGAAGUCAGCACUUGUCAUUGUGGGUGAUAUCAACGUCGCCCACAAACAGGCCCGGUAUGAGUUUAUAGAUGAGUCCACUGGUGAAAAGCACUUUUUUGUAGGCAGAGCCAUCAACGGCGUCUAUAAUGAGCUGCGAUCGUUGAAACGGGUCGUUACCGUGGAGGGGGACUAG